UUUAUGCCAACGAUAUUCAACGUCUCUAUGACACUACGAACAAGCUUGCAUCUCUUAAAAUGGCAAACCAUGAUAUGGUGUCCUUCAUGGCUGAAGCCCAAUCUGCUGUCGAAGAACUCAAGAUGUUUUUGGAAGCAGAUCCAUUAGAGGAUAUCAAAAAGAAACUAGACAAAUUUUACAUGGUGUUGAUCCUUCGUGCCCUACAUCCCGAUUUUGAUCAUCUCAAAGAUCAACUUCUAACUAGUCAUGAGGUCCCCUCCAUGGAAACAUUGACCACUCGCCUUCAGCGUGUCCCGGUACCUCAAACUCAAGAAGCACAUGAACUAGUGGAACCAUCUGUCAUGGUUGCCACACGAGGAAGAAGAGGACAUGGCACUAGAAGAGGAGGACGAGGAGGUCGGGGACGUCCUCAAUGCACAUACUGUAAAAGGAUGGGUCACACUCAAGAGAAUUGCUACUCCUUACAUGGUUUGCCUUCCAAAACCGCCAAUAUUUCAAAGACUGAAACUUCCACUUCGAAUACUGAAACUUCUACUUCUAUGUUUUUUGAGGAUGAAUAUCAAGAGUAUUUAAGAUUAAAGUCUAACAGCUUGGCACAACCAUCUCAAUCUCCCAGUACAUCAACCGCCUGCGUUUCUCAAUCUAUGGAAGGUCAAAAUUCAUGGGUAAUUGACUCAAGUGCUUCUGAUCACAUUUCUGGAGCGUGGUUCGGGGAGACAGAUUGGAGAAGGAUAUGA